AUGUUAGAGAGCAGCCCCAUCAUACAGGAAAAUAGCCCUGUUUUCAUCAAAUUACCAUCUGAGAAUAUUCGGUUUGUAACACUAAAGCCAAAUAAUACAAUUAGUCUUGGUAAAUUUGGAUCCUUCUGCACAGACGAUUUAUUUGGAAAGACCUACGAUGAAACAUUUGAGAUUUACGAGCCUAAAAAAAUACGCGUGUUGAAAACUCGUGAAGUCCAAAGUUUGGAGGAGGAGAAUAAGACCAAUAAAGAAUUAAUGGACUGUCGUAGCAAUCAGCUCAUGAGCCAAGAUGAAAUUGAAGAGCUACGAAAGCAAAUUAAAGAAGGAGGACUUCGCGGCGAAGAAGCAAUUCGUCAAUUGACAUCUAAAAGUUUAACUUUUGAUCAAAAGACUCAGUAUGCUCAAGCCAAAUAUGUAAAUCGUAAGGGAGAAAAAUACCUUCAACAGUUUCGAGCAUUGAGACCUUGUCUUGAAACCGUGACCGAAUAUAUGCUCGAUCAUGACCAGUAUAAAAUUAUGGAGUUAACAGCUGACUGCUCCACUUACAUGAUGACAUUAGGAAAUGCUCAACCUGGAGGCAGAUAUCUUGUGGUCGACGAAACGGGCUGCCUCUUUCUGGGUUCCUUACUGGAACGCCUAGGUGGAGACUGUAAAGUUACUUUAGUCCAUCCCAAUGAGCAACCGAACAGCUCUUGCUUGGAACUUUGGGGAAAAGAGUACACAGAAGAAAGCCUUGUCGAAAAAGGAAUUCUACGGACUUUGAAUUGGUUACAAGUUAUUGGCCCAGAAGAAGCUUUGAAGGAUAUGCAUGUGGAUGAUUGUACCGAGGAAGAGCUUAAUGAAAUGAAACUUCGCCAUAAAAAGAGAUAUGAGAGUCGGAAAGCUUCCUAUGCUCGUUUACAGUCUAGUCUUGAGGAUUUUGAAAAAGGAAAUUUUGAUGCGUUAUUUGUUUUAAGCAAUCAUACACCAAUGUCAGUAUUAAAUCUGCUUCUACCUAAAAUUGGAUCCUCUCGUCCUGUACUUGUUUAUUCACCCUAUCAACAAGUGCUAGUCGAUACCCAUCACGAGUUGUUCAAGUGGUCUAACCCAUGUGAAGUAACAGAGACGAAUAACGAAGACAUAACUAACGAUGAAUCUUCUGAAAAACAUGAGUUGCAGGAUACCCAAAACGCGUGGGUUGAAAAACUUAUCAUGUUGGAUAUCCAUGAAAUCCGUACUCGUCCUUACCAAGUUCUUCCAGAACGUACUCAUCCAUUUAUGAGUAUUCGAGGAGACAUGGGAUAUGUCUUGUCUGGGCUCAAGGUACUUUCUUCCGUAUGCACCGUUGCCGCUGGCAGAUUUCCCAAACGGCAAAAGCAAGGUGCUGGAAACAAGAAAAAAGCGAACACAAGAGUAUAG